AUGAAGUUACAUCCCCACAACUCAAGAUUGGUCAUAUCAAACAUUGCAUAUAAUGAACAAGUUGUACAAUAUUCCGCGAAAUUGCAGGAAUUGCUAUACCUUUUAUUGGACGAAAGUCAAUUAGACGAUAAUACAAGGAUCAGUAUUGAAGCAUCCCUAGCUGAACUAACCACAUCAUUACCCAUCCUGAAGCACGACAACUACGUUUAUGACUCAACCGGUUCUUCAAAUAGAAAAUUCAAAAACCGUCAAUUCCUACCUCAUCCUAAAUCAACAGACUUGACAUACCCAAAUAAUUACUUGUCAAAAAUAUUGAUAGAUAAUUUUGACUCCUUGAUAAGAUUCUCAAAGACUUAUUUUAAUUUGUCUCUAGCUUCACAAAUUACAAAGUAUACGGUUGAACUAAUUUACCAACUAUAUUAUUGGGAAAUGGUGCACCUUGUUUUUAUAAACCCUAGUAUGGUUGACUUUUUGGUCCUAUUGAAAUUUGAAAUUAUCAAUACUUCCUUUGGCCCAAUAAUCAGGCCACCUGAUACGUACUUGAAUGAUAAUAUGUUACAAGGUUUACAGUAUCCUUAUCCUUAUCCAUUUUAUAAUUAUUCGUACCAUUCGUUUAAUGGCCGCAUCGAAAAUGAUAAAUUCAAUAAGGUUAAAAUUACACCAUACAUUGAUAUAACCUUGAAGAACUACAGUGGGGCAACACAAACUAAGCGCAAAAGAGGAAGAAAACCAAAAUCAGAAGCAAAUACAACAGGCAGAGACACUGGAAGAGCAACCCCAGUUGAACUUAGUAGAACCAUUAGUGAAACGUCUGACUAUGAAAGUAAAGACAAGCGAGCCAAAACAGAGCUUAAUACUCCAGGUAUUCCUUUACCAUAUAAUCAAGGACAGACGUCAUUACAACAACCACAGAUAUCUUCCGGUUCAAUAAUGGCAUCGACUAGUCUGCGCAAUAAUGCUAAUUCUGAAGCAUCUCGUGAUGUGCCACCACCAUUGACUACAUUUUUACCAAAUGCUAGAAAUUAUCCUCAACCACAUAAUCAACAACCAAUCUUUGGAAACAACCAGUCUCCACAACUCGCUUCAAUAUCUCCAAAUACAGGAUACCAAUCAGUACAUUUAGCUUCAGGAAUUCCUCCACGAACUGAAAUUUCUGGCCCAACUAAAGGUUCAAACAUUUCUGUGCAAGGAAUGUCACAACAACAAUUACCUAGUGCACUUCCAAUUCCAAUACACCAACAAUAUGCAAAUUCUCCAUAUCAACGCAUCCAAGUUCCAAAUACAGAUAAUGAUCUGCAACUAGUUGGAAGAAACUCGGAAAAUAUUAGAAUUCCACCAAUUGCUAGCGAAUCUGCUUCUCCAGGUCAUAUGGAGCGACAACCAAUGUCUCAACAACAACAACAACCGUCCUCGGAAUCUAUUGCACGUAGUGGCUCUGUUAAUACAUCAAUUCCAAUGGUAAACCCAAUAGCUAACUAUAGGGGACUGGCAGAUAACGUUCUUCCAUCCAUUAGCAAGUUGCGCAGUGAUCAACAAUCUCCAACUUCAUUGAGUAGUAUUUCUGGAUCUCCUGAUACUAGAAGCUCACCAACAACAUCCACCUUUAGUAUUCCUAAGAAUUACCAAUUUUCAAAACCAGAUCAAUAUCAACCUCCGGGUUUGUCAUCUGGUGUACCAAUAGCAAUAGGAUCGUCACAACAAAAGUCGCAGCCUCCGCCACCACAACCUCAAUCACAACCUCAAUCACAACCACAACCACAACCACAACCACAGCUUCAACUUCAGCCACAACAACACCAACAGUCUGAAUAUGUGUCUAAUUUUGAUAGUCCACAACUGAACAUUUCUUCUACUGCAACCCCACCAGCAGUAGGAAGUUCGUCCAAUGCGUACCAAGAACAAACUAAUGAAGAAAAGACCAAGAAACAAAAGAGUGGAGUCAUUCACCAAUGUCAUUUGACGGAUCCGAACACGAUGGCAGAGUGUAUGAAGAUUUUUUACGGUAAAAACGAGUUAUUGAGACAUCAAGAGUUUGUGCACGCAACAAAGAAGAAAAUUUACAAAUGCAUUUAUUGUGCAAAAAAUGGAGCCAAGGUUCAAAGUUAUCCAAGACAUGACUCAUUGGCUAGACAUAUUCGAAGAAAGCAUGGUAUCACCGGUAAAGAGAACAAGAUGGCAGUUAACUAUGCAAAAGAAAAUGUCGAGAUUAUUGAUCCCGAUCAGUUAGUCACCAAACAACAUGAUUUUCAAGAGCACUCAACACAAGUUACUGCUGCGACACAAGUUGCACCACCUCAACAAAUUCUGUAUUCACAUCCUAUUAGAUAUGGUAGACCGGCUCCUAUCCCAUCGUAUCUCCAACAUCGUCGACUGAAUUUGUUUCCACAAACUCAUCGUCUCAAUAAAGGUCAACAACGUGCUUAUGCGAUUGCUGGAAGUCAGCCCAAUAACUCACAGGUUGCUAUUCCUCAGAGCGAAUCUCAACCCCAACCCCAAGCACAAUCUCAACCACAACCAUUACAACCGCAAGAUGCAACUGGUGUUACUACUUCCGUUUCGUUUCCAGCCCAAAGUCCACCUCCUGUGAGAUCUGGAACCAUGUUACCUUCACCUAGAGAAAUUGUCAAUUCCCCACCAUACGGUACCACGCCAAUCAAUGUGGCAUCAACCCCGAUUCACCCUAAUCCAAUCCAGAUUCCGCAUCUUCAAGAAGGUACAUCCAAUAGCGAAAACCCAAAGCAGUAA